AACCACUGGCAAUUAUAUUGUUUUGCUGAUAUGACAUGCAAGUUGGAAAUUUAAGGCAACUGAAUGUAUUUGUGUCGAUCUCUGGCAGGUAUUUGUGGCGAGUAUGGACAAUAUGUUAGGCAGUCUGCCAAAAAUGGACUUCAUCAGUAUUUGUGUCCGAGACCCGAGGCUUGUCAGGGACGACUUCUGGCACACACACAUUGACUAUGAGAUCUGUGUACAUACAAAUAGCAUGUGUUUUCGAAAAAAGACUUCCUGUGUGAGGCGGCGUUACAGUGAAUUUGUAUGGCUGCGGCAUUGUCUGGAGCAGAACGCCCUCAUCAUAAAAUUACCCAAGUUGCCACCCUGGAACCCGUUCAUCAGUCUGAGAAACAAGGACCAGGUCACCCACAGGAUGCAGGGUCUGCAGGAGUUCUUAGAAAAUAUUCUUCAUACACCUCUGCUGUUAUCGGACAGUCGACUUCAUCUGUUCCUCCAGUCUGACCUGAACAUCCACAAGAUGGAUAGGUGUGCUCGAGGUAAGACCAGGUACACAGUGGCUGAAGCCAUCCAGCGUUCCAGCAGCGGCUACGUCAGCAGGCAAGAGAAGACAUCCUCCUGUGACUACGACGGUGAAAGCUGCUCGUCAUCGUCAGGAUUUGGACUGAGUGUAGACACGACACUAAGGGAAAGCCCCCUCCCUUUCUUGGAGUCCGCUGACCCGGAGCUGUGCAGCUGUCUUUCACAAACCAAGACCCAUUUCAGUGCGUCGUGAAGCACAGCAGUUUUACCUUGACCACCUCUCUCCUGUUUGGACUCUGGUCAUUCAUGUAUCAACCUCUAAGUGAUACUCCUGGAGCUCUUGCUUUUCUUAAUUAACUUUCAAAGAGAAAAAUUCUAUGUUUUAGUAUUGGUGACUCUCCAAUUUUUUUUUUAUUAUUAUUUGCUUUCCUCUACUUUGGUUAUUUAAUUCAUAUUAUAGCUGGAAAAAUACUUUUCUUUAAAAUGUAUAGUAAAAGCAAAUUUAUAAUUCUUAAAUAUUAUAUUUUUAUCUGCACUGGAGCUGUACUGAUCAUAAAGAGUGUUUUGAAUGAUGGUUUUAAGAAAAUAUCUGAGAAUACUUCUAUGUUUUUUCAAUGAUGAAUAAAUGGUCCUUUUUAAAGUAGAAAAAGCCUUGCAUCUUGACAGAGUUGUGUUGUUUAAAGUGGAAUUGAUAGGCACCGAUGUCUCUUGUCUUUGACAUGUACAGUGCAACAGUCAUGCAUUGUUGUUACAGCCCAGUAGAGGGAGUCUAGACAAAGGACCACAAGUAAAAGCAGCAGUGUGAUGAAAGUCUACAGCGCUGUUAGAGGUGACUCAAACAUGACAUAAAACUUGCACUAAAAGUCCUUUUAGUUUGUUAAAGCAUUUGGUGGAAGAUUUAAGUGUGCAUUUGAGUUGUUCUUAAUGUCCAGUUAUUAAAAUUAGUUAGAAAAAAAACCAACAAGUUAGUAUGGUACUCCACUGCUAAAGAAAAUAAAUGACCUUGGCAUACACA